AUGAUAUUUGGCAAAAAAAAAGUAUUGGUAAUGUUUGAUCUAGCUUAGUUGUUCAAAAUGCGGUCGUAUUUUGUUAUCUUCUUCGUUCUUAUUGGACAAUUUGCAUUUACGACUUUGUGCUUCGAACACGAAUUUGAAAUUCCUGAAGGCUGGGUUGACCAUACUGACAUGCUAAAUUUCGAUUACGCUACCAAAACAAACAAGAAAACCGAGACUCAGGAGGAGACAAGUGCUCAGAAAGAAAAAACAAAAACAAACAGUGAUCAAGCUGGGAGUAACACUGAAGCUAAACCUGAACCUGAUGAACACAAAAAAUAUGAAUCGUCCUAUACAAUUGAAGAACAAGAAAACAAGAGCCAAUUCAAAAAAUCUGAUUUGAGAAAUGACAAAGAAUUUGAUCCGUCAACGAGCUCAGAAUGUAAACAUCCUUUUCUGCGACGAUUUGUUGGUGUUCUGCAUUCCAAACUGAAACAUGUUGGAACUCCUCCUCACAUACAAGACUACAACUUUGCCAUUCAUUUGAACAGCGAGAAUUGGCUUGCUGUAGAAGAGUUUGCUGAAGAUUGUAAGGCUAAUGUACAGGAAGUAACCAAAGUACUUGAAGACAUGUUACUGGACGUUCACGUUUCUGUAAAUGACGUCGAUCCACAAUGGGUCAAAAGGUUUGAAGAUAUCAUUCAUAUGCCUUUUCAAGACUUCCUCAAGCUCGGUGUUUGUGUUGCUUUGCUCGUUGCAAUAUUGACGUUGGAAUUUAUAAGCAAAAUAUCAUGGACAACACAAAUAAAAAGACUUGUUAUUCUCCUAUUUCUAAUCAGCUUGGCAAUGACUUACGUCCAUGAAUUGAAGCUUGCUGAAGCAGAACAUAAGUCCAAGUCAACUGAUAUUCCCAAAGAAUGCUUAGGAAAAGAAAGUGAAGACAAUUCUUUUUGGAACAGUUUAAGUUCUGUCUACAAUGAUAUGUUUAGUGUCAAGAAAGAUCCUUGUGCAGAAUAUCAUGCAAAUUUUCUCAUCAGUCCUCAUAUUAGAGUUACUCCAACAAAGGUUAUUGCAGUCACACUGACACGAUUCCUUGUGGAACCAAUGGAACAUAUUGGUACAGCGUUCAGUAAAUCUUUCAAGAAUGUUUUCCAAGGAUUGCCAAUUACAUUAUGGAUUCCUGCUUUUAUAUUUGUUGUUCUUAUUAUACUUGGAUUUCUACUGAUAAUAUCAGUAUUCUUUGGAUAUAACUUCAGUUUUAAUCUGCCAUUCUGGACCGGAUUACAGAUGGGACCCCAACAGACUCUUCAACACAAUCCGCAACUUGACAUGGUUUUGGAAGACAACAGACGACACAUCGACCAAUUGCAAGAAACAAUCCGUGAACUACGCGAAAGACCUUCGCAACAAGCAUUACCUGCCCCUCCUCAAGUUAGCCCCAGCAGGGCACAAGCCAUCUUGGGUUACUUCGGCUUAGGGGGCAGAACUCCAUCCCCUGAACCAUCACGUCCCCCACCACCAUACCCCCAACAGGAAGCCCCAGAAAAUGACCUUCCUUAUCCUAAUUUUAACUCCCCGGCAUAUCCUAGAGAAAACGAGGACUUGCGAAUUGAUCCGCAGGGUUACAGACCUUUCCAAAGUGGGUAUAAUGACCCCGGUUCUACAGGAGCGAGAGAGCUCAGAAGAAGACACACUGUACCUGGGUCACGAGGACGACCUGGCUUUGCAACUGGGGAUGCUGGAUUUAAUAGAGAUCCAUCAAAACAGAAACCAUCAACUCAGAGUGCAUUACCUUAUCCAGUAUCAUCAGAAAAUCAAGCGAGGAGGCCGUUUCGAAUUGGUUUUGAGCGAUUCUUAAACGAAGACAGUGAGGAUGAUCUUGAGAGUGAAUCAAAGAUUUCACCACCGGUGAUACAAGCUGUUGAAGAAGUUCAGAAGCCCACUGUUGCCAGAUCUGUCACAGAAACAACAACACCCAACACUGCACAAGUGGAAUCUAAUUACAAAGAUGGGGAAUCACCUGAAAAAGCAAAGAAGCAGAAACUACUGAGGGAUGAAGCAACAAAGCCAAAGAAGGAUAAUCCUGAACCAUCCACGAUUAAACCUCCCCAAAUAGAGCCUGAAACAUUGCCAAUGCAAGACAUUGCCCCCUCAAAAAAUGGCAUCAAAACGCAUGACAACCCUUUGGAGAAGGGUGAGAACAUAGAAACUGAAGAUUGGGUAAAAGUUCCAGAAACAGAUAAAUGUUGCGAUGAUGAGAAAUGUAUCGGCGAUAGAAUGAACUCUGUGGAGCUGGCGAAUGUUUUUCAACGCGAAGCAGAGGAAGGAUUUGCUUCAAAAGAUGAUUGAAUUUCUGUUCACGAUAAUGUAGUCGCGGCCUGAACUAGUUAACAUCGAUUAGGGGCAAUUAGAGUUUUACCUUGAAAAACAAACACCUUGCGCUGUAUGUAGUUCAAGCAAGUUUGAGGUAGAUCUCCCACCAGACCUCGCGCUAUAUUAGAACCCUUUUUCUUAAGUAUUUGUACAUAUGCACUACUCUUCACUGGUCACAUGUUUUUUUUUAAUUAUCUAACUGCUUACAUGCAGUGGUGGGAUUCAAAUUUUUUGUCAGCCGGUUCCAUCACAAAAGUCAUAUUUUUCAGCCGGUUCUGUUACAAAAAGUCAUAUUAUUUUAGCAAAUAAACUGAUUAAGGCUAACCACUUCGCUGAUCCCAUAAAAUUCUGUGAGACGGUUCUAUAGAACCGGUGCGAACCGGCUGGAUCCCAACACUGCUUACAGGUGUAUUUUAAUUUCAGAGCUAUUCCAAAUGUACAGGAAAAUUAGAUAAAGACUGAUACAAACCAUGAUCUUGCUUCUCAUAUUUACACUUGCCCCUUCCAAGCAAGCAAAAUUUACAAAAUAUUUAUGGAUGCACAAAAGUAUAUUCUUUAAUUUUACUUUCAUGAAAUUCUAUUUGCACAUAAUCUCAGUUUUUAAAAAUUUAGGAACUCUGGAGGGAAAUCGGGUAAGAAGAUAUGUAUAUCUCUUUACCAAAUUAUAGCCUAGCUUUUCAUUUUGUUCUGUCCCCACGUGGUAUUUGUAGUUCCAUACGCAUGUGUUUGUUAAUGUCGUUUAAUUGGAUUUUUGAUUAUCUUUUUUGAUCACUGUUUCAUUUUACUUCUGCAAUAAGUUCCAUCAAAGUAUAGAAAUGAAAUGAUCGCUUG